CCGAGGCACAGCUCCAUCUCUCCCACUCUCUCUCUCCCUCUCCCUUUCUUAAAUUGACAUUGGUCUGCCUCGAAACAUGAUAACAGAAAAGCCUCCCUGCGCUCCGCGUUAUAAGCAUGCGUAAAGACGGUUAAAAAAAAUAAUUAUUUAAAUAAAAAAGGGGGUCGCACUGGAUCCUGGUCCGCGCGCGUCCACGAGGAAUAUUAACAAGAUAGCUUUGUGGCGCGCGCUCCCGCGCCCUGGUAGGUCUCCAGUGAAAGUGUUGAACAGCAGACAAAGUCACCAUGUAUGUGCACGCCUCGAUACGAGCCAGCUUUGGAUUUGUGGGCUUCUGCCUGGUCGCCUUUGUCCAGCAGUCCGCUUCAGGAAGUAAAACCAGCCAAGAUGUGGACGAGUGUGCAGAGGCGCUUGACAACUGCAGUAUCGAUGCCAUCUGCCAGAACACACUGAAAUCCUACAAGUGUAUCUGCAAGUCGGGCUAUAAAGGGGAUGGUAAACAUUGUGAAGAUGUUGACGAGUGUGCGACUGAAUACAACGGCGGCUGUGUCCAUGAGUGCAUCAACAUCCCGGGAAAUUACAGGUGCACAUGCUAUGAUGGCUUCCGCUUGGCACAUGAUGGGCACAAUUGUCUAGAUGUAGACGAGUGUUCAGAAGGGAACGGCGGAUGCCAGCAGAUCUGUGUCAACAUGAUGGGCAGUUAUGAAUGUCGCUGCAGAGAAGGAUUCCUCCUGAGUGACAACCAGCACACCUGCAUUCAAAGGCCCAAAGUGCGACCGGAAGGCACGAAGGAGGGACCCACCUGCAUGGACAAGAACCAUGGCUGUGCACACAUUUGUAGGGAAACGCAGAAAGGUGGCAUCGCCUGUGAAUGUCGGCCUGGAUUCCAGCUCACCCGUAAUAUGAAGGACUGUAAAUUGACGUGUAACUAUGGGAAUGGCGGUUGCCAGCACAUCUGUGAGGAGACGGACCAUGGCCCCAAGUGUUCAUGCCACAUGAAGUUUGUCCUGCACGCUGAUGGCAAGACUUGUGUUGGCGUGGGUGUGCGUGUGCAUGCAGGGGAGAGGAGUGUCCAGUCCCAGGCAGCCCCACAGCUGUUCCCUAAUGAGACGUGUGCGGUGAACAACGGUGGCUGUGAUAGCACUUGUCACGAUUCAGUGACAGGUGUUCGCUGCAGCUGUCCCGUCGGCUUCACACUGCAGCCGGAUCGCAAGACCUGCAAAGACAUUGACGAGUGCCGUCUCAACAACGGGGGUUGCGACCAUGUGUGUCGGAACACAGUGGGCAGCUUUGAGUGCAGCUGCAAGAAAGGCUAUAAACUGCUGACCAAUGAGCGAACUUGUCAAGACAUUGACGAGUGCUCCUUUGACCGCGCCUGCGACCAUUUCUGCGUCAACUCUGCAGGGAGCUUCCAGUGCCUUUGUCACAAGGGCUACGUCCUCUACGGCCUGGCGCACUGCGGAGAUAUUGAUGAAUGCAGUAUAAACCGGGGAGGCUGUAAAUAUGGCUGCAUUAACACUCUGGGGAGCUACGAGUGUACCUGUCCACCUGGGUACAAGCUGCACUGGAACAAAAAGGACUGUAUAGAGUUGGUGAAAUGUCCUCCAGGCCUUGUUGCCCCGAAGGCUACCCUCACCUGUAGUAAGACAGGCAAGAAAGAGAGCUGCUCUCUCACCUGUGCCUCCAAAGCACACUACCUGGCAGAAUCUGACAACAGCUAUUCUGUGAGCUGUGGCAUCCCCAUCGUCAGAGGAAAAUCACCUGCCAGGCUCAACUCCAGCAGCACACAGAGCUGCAUAGAGACUUUGGCGCCUCCAGUGAAGCAGACAGCAUCUUUCAAGAUUAAAAAUGCCAAAUGCCACCUGCACCCUAAAUUGACUGGCAGGACUGAGGACAGGGGGCGGACUCUAGGACCAGGAGGUGGUCAGCCCUGCAGUAACUGCCUCGUGACGUUUGUCAAUCUCAAAUGUGACUCCUCAAAGAAAGCAAAAGGGCGUCGUGCUCGCAACCCCACUAAUAAAGAGGUGACACGUAUCACUUUGGAGCUGGAAGCCGAGGUCAAAGCUGGCGACACAACAGGAAGUUGCAAUCUCAGCUGCCUAAGACAACGCAUGGAGAAACAGGUCAAGACUUACAUCAAGGCUCUGAAGAAGUCCAUCAACCAAGAGCGCUUCCUGAUCCGAGUUGCGGGUUUGGAAUACGAGGUGGCCCAGAAACUUCCACAGGCUGCUCCCAUUCAAGAGAACUGUGGCCCGGGCUCGGAGAGGGACAGCGGGCGAUGUGUCAGAUGUUUGCCUGGCUCGUACUACCACGGCGAGCAGGAGCGCUGUGUCCAGUGUCCGCCUGGCACCUUUCAGGAGAGGGAGGGUCAACUGGCAUGUGACCUCUGUCCGGGCAGUGAUGGCCACGGUCCUGUCGGGGCAAGAAACAUCUCAUCAUGUGCAGGCCAAUGUCCCACCGGGUUCUUCUCAGGCGAUGGCUUCAAGCCCUGUCAACCGUGUCCUCAGGGCACUUAUCAGCCAGAUUUGGGUCGGACACUGUGCUUUCCUUGCGGGGGAGGACUGAGCACCAAGCGUGAGGGUGCAAGCUCCUUCCAUGAUUGUGAGGUGAAAGUGCAGUGUUCUCCGGGUCAUUACUACAACACAUCAGUGCACAGGUGUAUCCGCUGCCCGGUUGGAACCUAUCAGACGGAGUUUAGGCAGAACUACUGUAUUUCCUGUCCUGGAAACACCACCACCGAUUUCGAUGGAGCCACUAGUGUGUCACAGUGCAAGAACAGGCAAUGUGGAGGCGAGAUGGGCGAGUUCAUGGGUUACAUUGAGUCCCCUAACUACCCGGGUAAUUAUCCAGCAAAUGUGGAGUGCAUUUGGAACAUCAACCCGCCCAGCAAGCGUAAGAUCCUAAUUGUAGUGCCGGAGAUCUUCCUGCCCUCAGAGGAUGAGUGUGGAGAUGUGCUGGUGAUGAGAAAGAACUGGUCAGCUACAUCCAUCACCACCUAUGAGACGUGUCAGACUUAUGAGCGGCCUAUUGCCUUCACAGCACGCUCCAGGCGCCUCUGGAUUAAUUUCAAGUCCAAUGAGGCCAACAGCGCCAGGGGCUUUCAGAUCCCAUAUGUGACUUAUGAUGAGGACUAUGAGCAGCUGGUUGAGGACAUAGUACGGGAUGGAAGACUCUACGCUUCAGAAAACCAUCAAGAAAUCCUCAAGGAUAAAAAACUGAUAAAGACUCUUUUUGACGUGCUGGCUCACCCAAACAACUACUUCAAGUACACCACUCGGGAGUCCAACGAGAUGCUUCCUCGCUCCUUCAUACGUCUCAUAAGCAGCAAAGUCUCUGCUUUCCUGCGACCAUACAAGUAAACAUGCAUCUCCAACUCAGUAAACACCCCCCCCCCUCCCCUCUUACAGGCUACAUCCCGCAACUCUUAAAGGACUUCAACAUAUAAAACACACUUUUUUUUUUUAAUCCUCUGUUAAUAUCAUUUGACAAACCUUCAAAAUCAUUUGUGUUGCUUGUCAGUUUUCCAUCCCAGAUUCACAGUCCCGAGUGUGAGCAUGUUAGUGGGGAUGUAGAAUAUGUGAGUGGGUUUGGUUUCUAUUGUGACGUGCAAUGAGACCAUUAAAAAGGAUAGAAUCGCCUGUUUGAGACAGUAGGAGUGAUGUUGUGUUCGAGCUUGUUGUAUUUGCUUAAAUGACUGGACUGAAUUCCAGCUCCGACUGCGACCAUUAAGUAUGACUGUCAGUGUUGUGCAAGUGUUGUGUAACCCUAGUUCCACCAUCGUGUGUGUGCGUGUGUGUGUGUGCGCGCGUGUGCUCGAGGAGGAGCAGUUGCUAACUAAUUCAUGUCGCAACUGCGUUCCAGCUCAUUUAAAGCCUUACUAUGUUUGAGCUCUUAGAGCAGUUUUACUGUUAAAACAGUUCAUCUGUGCUGUCUAGACUGCACCAGCCUUUUCCAUCCCGCUUUUUUUUUUCUUUUCCAAGGCGACUUUAAAGCAAAUACAAAAAAAAAAAAAAAGAAGGUGGUUAAUCAUUCCAGGAACACAGAGGACAUUUUUGGAAGACGAAUAAUAAACUAAUAACUGGGAGAGCCACAGGAAUGAGAUGAUGUAGAAUGUGUCUCGGAGAGUUGAAUGUCUUUGAGGGACAUGAUGUUUGCUGCUUCUUGUAAAAGGUCACUUUAAUUCUUCAAUCUCAUUUUGUCUUUCUGAUGUACUCUACUCACUUAAUAGUCUCAAGGUUUGAAAUGGAUAAGGAAGCCGAGAAUCUCAAAAUACGUUAGUUGUUCCAUCACAGCGGGUUGACAACUUCGCAGCCUGCCUGUGGAGCAGACUCAAUCUUGUAAAUAAUAAAAGUAAGACGAGGGUUGAUUUUGUUAAACAGCACCCCAGAAUCCCGCCUGCCCCAUUUUCCCCAAAAUGUCGUGCCCAUUUCAAAUCCAAAGACCGCCAACUCCCCAACUCAUGUUUGUUGUGUCCCAGUGAAGACAGCUCUUCCAAAGACGGCCCAAAAGGGCAGGUCACAUUGUUUUGUGCACUAGAUCGAGAGCCCAUCAUUCUACCUUUGAUAGUAAAAGUGCAAUGAAUAAAUACAAAUACCACACCUUCAAUUUGGUUCAAACGUGACGCAAAAUAACCUUUUGGAAAGCAGCACUGUAGACCCACUGUAUGAAAUGUUUAGAGCAGAACUUCACUGCUCUUGUGCAGAGAAAAAGAGACGAAAAAUGUCAUAAAAAUUUUGCAUUUGCUGUUUGGAAGAUAAAAAAAAUAUAUAUAUUAUUUGUGAUUUCAAAACAAUGACCGCAACAGGGUAUGAUAAUUUAACUUUAAAAUAAAAUAGGAGCUGAUGCAUAGUUUUAGGAAAAACGGUAGAAGACCUGGCAAAGUGUCCCCUGCAGCAAGCGUUUAGCAAAGACUGGAAACAGGAAGCAGCUCGGCUGGUUUACAAACACACAAACUGAUUUACAGGGCAUUUAUUUACCGAAGCGGCCCUAAAGAAAGUGAAUCAACAGUUCACUGUUUCAUACAUGUACUGUAUCCAACCUUGGAAGGAAAUUAAGUCUCACUCUCGUGGGAUGGUCCACAAAAGCAUUUGGGUCAUUCAUGAAGAUCCCCGACCGGGACGGAAUUUUGAUCGCAAAGUUAAGGCCAUGUUACUCAAAGAUUCUGACUGAAAUUCCUAUAAAAAUAUUAUAAGGACUCCCCCUUAGACCAGAAUCAGCUUCUUUCCUGCAACCUGAAUGGUUUUUUUUGGUUGAAAUUGUUGCCUUUUAAAAGAGAGUUUGCUAUGAUGUAUCAUAGAGUUGAUAAUGAUAUUUGCACUUGAAUUGUUAUUGCUCAUGUAAAUGUCUGGAUUUUGUAUUGUCUUUUUAAAUGAAUGGAAUUGGUGUUCUUCUUUUCUUGUAGCUUGUUUGUUCAUGAACGCUCACUCGCAGUGUAGUCUAUAGAUGAUGAUACACGUGACAUUAUCGACUGUAAAGAAAAAAAAAAUGUACAGAGGUGAAUGCAACAAGUUUGUACUUGUUCUUGCCCAGAAACACUUAUUGAAAUAAACAUACACAUUUAAUGUCUGUAAGGAUGUUAUGAACUUUGUGAGGAAAUGGCAAGGAAGCAUUAAGGUAUAUAUUAAAAAAAAAAUGUUAUGUUGUUCCUGGACUGAAUACUUUAGCGCCACAUCAGACAGCAUAUCGGCUCCAGUUAGUACGCCGUGCUGGAAAAAAAAGAAAAAAAAAACUCAAAUGAAAUGUGUUUAUUAAGUAAUUAUAACAAUAAUCCAGUGAUAGACUUCCACCAGUUGUUUAUUUACGUGUGUGUCUGCAUUUGGGGAGACUGGGAAUCCACUGGCCGUUGUCGCCGCAGGUGACAGUGCUCGCGCCAACCCUUGUGUAACCGUGGCGACAGUCGAUGGUGACCGCAUCCCGGUGUUGAUAAAGUCUGGUGUGGGCUCGCGUCCAGGCGGCGUUGGGCACGCUGGGAGAUGGACAUGUGAUCUCUGUGGAGAAACUCCAACUUUUAUUCAGUUCAAUUCAUGGCAAAAUGUAAAUAAAGUUGUUUAAAGAUGGUUGUGUGGC